UAGCACAAGAUGCACAAGGCAAGCCGAUACGCCGCGCCAGUGGCGCGAGAUUCCCCGCGCGAUGCAGCUGCUUGUCUGAUUGUGUAAAUAUUAUUAUUCUGUGAACAUCGUGCAGUGAAAAAGUUUGUAGUUUAUUUUUUGGAACGCCUUUUGAGUUUUUGAUCGUGUCAUGGACAAGCCACGAUAAACUGGCUGAACAUAUGGCGCGAUAUGUUGUAAACAUAAAAAAAUAAACACGAAAAUGUCAAGAAAGUGUUCUAAAUUCAAAUUGAAUGACGUUUCGAUAGUGAUGUGCUAAAGUUGUAAUUAAACAUUGAAUGGCGUGAAGAUGGAGCUGAAUAUGGAUGUAAUUGCUGCUAAUGCGACUUUUUACCCGCGGGAAGCUACCAUUUUGGCUGCAGCGUGUGCCUGCAUUUUCAGCGCAGUCGGGGUCGUUGGAAAUCUGAUCACAACUAUUGCCCUCCUCAUGCACCCGAAACUACGCACGCACGUGACGACCAUGUUCGUGCUGUCCCUGUGCGUGUCGGACCUGGUAUUCUGCAGCAUCAACCUGCCCCUGACCGCGCACCGGUACAUCCACCAGCAGUGGGGCCUGGGCGAACGCCUGUGCCAGAUGUUCGCCUUCGUCUUCUACGGGAACGAAGCUGUGUCGUUGUUGUCUAUGGUCGCUAUUACCAUUAAUAGGUACACCCUGAUAGCAUACUACGACCUGUACUCGCAGAUCUACACCGCCGCCAAGAUCUGGGUACAGCUUCUGCUCAUCUGGAUCGUCUCCUUCGGGUUCAUGGUACCUCCGUUACUCGGUGUCUGGGGCCAGCUGGGCUUCGACAAGAAAACGUUCUCGUGCACAAUUCUGCCCAAAGACAAUAAAUCUCCAAAAAAAUACCUUUUCGUGUUCGGUUUCGCCCUGCCGUGCAUAGUCAUCAUUGUGUCCUACUCUUGCAUAUACUGGAGAGUGCGAGAGAGCAAGAGAAAACUGGAGGGCCGCAGGUGUGUAUGUGGCAAACUAAGCGGACAGACAGCCAAAGAAAAAGAAGAAGAUUCCAGACUGACGAAACUGAUGCUGACAAUAUUCAUGUCCUUCCUAGCGUGCUUCUUACCACUGAUGAUAAUGAAUGUCACCGAUGACCAAAUCUCUUACCCGUGGCUCCACAUCAUCGCUUCUAUCCUAGCUUGGGCAUCGAGCGUCAUCAACCCUCUAAUCUACGCGGCGACCAAUAGACAAUAUAGGGCUGCGUAUGGCAAUCUACUUAAAUUCUGCAAGAAUAACCCAGUAGCUAAACGAACAACUUGGGGCAGUCGAACUGUCGGCCAAUCGUCGAAUUCCCCACACUACCCACAGACUGAAAAAAGAAAUCCUUUGAAAGAGCCCGCGAAGUUAUGAAUCUUUUUUUUCUGUGGCUUAACGCAAAGCGUUUUAUUUAUUAGCCAGUAACAAAAUACCUAAACUUUGAUCCCGAAAUAAGUCAUAGGAAAACUGAUAUUUUAGGCAUUUGGUUGAUAUUAUGUAGGUACUUAUGUAUGCAUUUAAAGUUUUUUUUUGUGUUAUAUAACCGGAAUAAUGUGACAUUCCAUCGAACGCCACGAUUAUUGCAACACUAUUUCAUAAUAGUUGUUCAAAGUUAUUAGAAAUACUUUUGUGUAUUUUGCCGAGUUCAUGUAAUUAUUUAACAGAAAUUUUAGCAAGUAUAUAAAACGUAAAAGUACAGGAUUUAUAACAAUCUCCACCAUAUACAUAAACAAGUAAGUUAAUAAUAUGUACUCUAAAAUUAUCGAGCCUAUUUUACAUGAUGUCUAUAAUUCAUCAUCUGUAUCCUGUACCCGAUACUCAUGCAGUAUAUAAUAUACUUAAUGUACAUUUUUUAUAUGUAUUGCUGUAAAUAUAUGUAGUUAUGUAAAUAAACAACGAGUUACGUAUAUAUUAAAGGUCGGUACACACCUAAUGCUUAACGCGAACGCAUUUUUUAUAAUAAAAAUAAAUAAAAGUUGUAGCUGGUUGCGUAGACGCGUGCUUUACAAUUCUAUACAAAAAAAAAACCAGUAACGCAGUCGAUGUGUACCGACCCUAAACCUAGGUCCAUAAGUUUGUAUACCAUCUACACUUAACCAAAGUUAAAAUAUUUAGAUUUAAUUUAUAGUGGAUUAUAAUAUAUUAGGUAAAUAACGGUAUUUAAGUAUCUAUAGAUAAGUAUUUAUGGGACGAAUAAUUUAUUUUGAAAUAGCAUUCCUUUAGUUUGUAAUAAUUUCGCGCAAUCAUAAAUCAUAAAUAUGAUCAAUCUACAGUUAGAUAAUAUUUAUAUUAUACAAAGUUUUAAUUUUUUAAUUAUAAUUGUUAAUUACUAAAUCAAUGAUUAAUUUUAGAAGAGAAUCACAAUGUUCCACAUUAAUCAUCAAAUAAAUAGAUUAAAUUAUACAUAAUAAGAAUCCUGAAGUGAAGACUGAUUAAUCGAGAAGUCAAUUAAAAAGUAACCAUUAGCUAAAGUAACCGUUAUGUAUAUGAGGGAGUACUAAGAUGAGAUGCAACAUGGCUUCAAAGCCAGUAGCCCGUUGGUUGAGUGAUCUGAGUGACUCAGAUCAUAAUUAUUACUGUAACAUAAAAAAUACUUCAACUUUACCUAAUCACAGCUUACUUUCGUGCCCCACCCCGCAAGUGACCGAUCUACUCGUAUGUAUGUCAGAACCUGAACUAAGUAACACCACAAUGUUCUCUCACUAGCCCCACAGGCACUUCACACCACAUGGCUGAGAAUCGUGUUCAUUGUCAUCAAUUAAUUGGAAUGGAACACACUCAACGAAUUUCUUGAAUAUCAAUGGAGUGAUUUGGCAUUGUCCAUCUAUUUAUCUAGAGUGUAGGUUUCCUGAGAAUAUUUUCCGCGUUAGACAAAAUAAAUAUAAACACAUUUGACUACUUCUUCACCAGACACCAGAGCUAAGACUGAGUUUUAUAGCUAAUACGCAGGUGGGGGGGGGGGGCGACGAGUAUGUACCAUUUCAUAAUACGACCUAUUUUUAUCAAAAAUACGUUAAUUCCUUCAUUUGAACGAAAUCACGUGGUUAAGUUAAAAAGACAGGACAGCUAAGUUAAUACUCCGUCAUACAUAUAUUUAAGUAAACCAUACCUAUUAUCUAAUGAUAAUAUUUAUCCUAGAUUCCACCACAUGUAUGGUAUGUUAUUGUAGAAAAUAAAUUAGGAUUAUCAAUAUGUAGACUCAUUUAACUUCCGGCAAAGGAUCCUAUGGUUUCCGCAAAGAUGAUUUCCUUUGUCUUUGUCGAUUUUUUGUAAAUAUUAAUUUGUAUGUUUGCUACAUUUUGUAAUGAUGAACCCGAGCUACACACAAACCAAAGGCGCAAAUAAAUGUAUUAAAAGAAA